UUUUUGUUUUAUCUUUAUUUCAAGACAUCGUGUGUUCUGCUGACAAAAUGGCGAUUGGAAAGGUCAGAUGACAUUUUUCUUUGGCCUCGUUGGAAUGCAGUAGAUUCAAUGGGGAAAGGAAGUCGGUAGUCGUUGUAGUGUUUUCAUUGGUAGGUUCCUAAACUGAAAGGGGAAGGAUAUGGAAAAUCCGGCUUGUUGUUUGUGGAGGCUCUUGUCAAUCUCUUUUCAUGGGAGGUGAAUUUGUCGCAAUGCCCAAAUAUGUUGUUGAUCUUGGCGGUGACGUCGGUUCUUCAUCUAGUUUACUGAAAGUGAAGUGGAUAUGUAGAAAACUUGGUUGUUCUUGGUUAUCAUCUUUACCCACCCUUUAAAUAGCUUAAAUUGUAGUUAUCACUCCCGAAUGUGUGAUAAUAGGCUACACAACAAAAUAUAUAUCCUAGCGUAGGCUAUAUCAUAACGUCUCAAGGCUUGGUGGUCUUAAAUUGUAAUGUUGUAGCCUAACAUUUGAAACAUUCACCAUAAAAGUUUGCAGGUAAAAUAUUGACAUAAAAAACGAGUAUCUAUGGUUAAAUUAAAAAGGUGAAGAGACGCUAUCGUGUAGUAUUUGCCCUGGGCAUAAUUUUACAGAUCACUAGAACGCUUUUUGUUGUCCAUUCUCAUUUUCCAAUGAGAAAUUGUUUGAACCUGUGUAGCCUACACAUUUCACAUUACAUGUUUUAAUACAAGUAUGAAGAGCGUUACAUUUGUGUCUUGGCUGUGAAAUAACUUAAAAGGGCAGUAUUCAAUAGCCUAGUAGCUAUUGCAUUUCUCCAACCAUACGACCACUAAACCCCGCCUUGUUCUGUGAUUGGCUCAGAAUGAAGGAUGGGCGUCCGAAAACGUUGGUAUAUCUGCUAUGAAUGUAUUGAUUGGUUUAUAGUGACGACAAUAAAUUCCUAAUCCCGCCCCUUACUUAUCAAGUUUGAGUGAAUAGUGGCCAAGGCGGUAGCUGUGUGGAUAGAGCUUUACAUGUUCAACUGUUCUUGGGUUUAUGAAUUGGAAUAGCUUGUUAGGCUUAAAAUGGACAUGAAAAAAAGAAUUCAUCUAGAGCUGCGGAAUCGAACACCUUCAGACGUGAAAGAACUUGUUCUUGAUAACUGCCGCUCAAAUGAAGGAAAAAUUGAGGGCCUCACAGAUGAAUUUGAAGAAUUGGAAUUCUUAAGUACAAUCAAUGUGGGCUUAACAUCAGUUGCAAACUUGCCCAAACUAAAGAAAUUAAAAAAGCUUGAGCUCAGUGAUAACAGAAUCUCAGGCGGUCUGGAAGUCUUGGCGGAGAGAUGUCCAAACCUCACACACCUGAACCUCAGUGGAAACAAAAUCAAAGACCUCAGCACCAUAGAACCUCUGAAAAAACUAGAAAACCUGAAGAGUUUAGACUUGUUCAACUGUGAGGUGACUAACCUGGGGGAGUACCGAGACAGCGUGUUCACGCUGCUGCCCCAGUUGACCUACCUGGACGGGUACGACAAGGACGACAAGGAGGCCCCCGACUCUGACGCAGAGGGCUACACUGGCCUGGACGACGAGGACGAUGACGACGAGGACGGGGUAGAGGAGGAAGACUAUGAUGAAGAUGCUGCCCCAGGAGAUGAGGAUGAAGAUGAUGAGGAGGUAGAGGAGGAAGAGGAUGAGGAAGGAGGAGACGAGGAUGACUUGAGUGGGGAGGAGGAGGAGGAGUUGGAAGAUGAUGGUGAGGAUCGGGGCCAGAAAAGGAAACGACCAGCAGAUGACGAAGGAGAAGAUGAUGACGACGAUGAUGAUGAUGAUGAUGACGACUAGAGACGCUGUCUUACCCUCACCAUACCCCCUCGUAUUGUUUUAAGCAUAUGUCUCCCUGUUGGUUUUUAAGCUAUUAUAUUGGGUGGGAGUGGGAAAUGUUAACCAUGGAUUUAGUUGGGAAUUACAAUAUUAUUUUUAUGUUAUUGGAAUUUAAUUUCUUCCCUCUGUUAUCGAGCCACUAGAAAGACUGCACUGGCAUUUGUGUAACCAGAAGUGGAUUCCCAUGUUCAAGAUGUGUCUCUGUGUGUGCUCGCACAUCCUGUCAGCAGUGUCUGUUUCCUCAAGAUGGACCCAUGUACCCACGCCUUGGACUGAAUGCCCUACAUACCUGCCUGUGUUCUCUAUCCUUUGUUCAUGAAGUCGGUAGCACCAUGUCUUGUCAGGGAGGCUGAGAUUCCUCAUAUACUGAAUUCCCCUCAUGUCGAUUUAUAAUGAAUGUCCUCCAUCAUCACCAGAUUCAUUCUUACCUUUUCUUGAAAAGUCUGUGGAUUUUUGUAAAUAGUGACCAAAACCUUUUCUAUGCUAGUUUGAUAAUGGUGGACAUUUCUUAUAUUUCCCUGUUGUAAUCAAUAAAUUAAAUAUUGUAAAAUGAAA